UUAAAAAUACAUUUUUGUUUAUUAUACAUUUUUAGUUUGGUUUAGUUAGCUUGUUCAAAGUUUAUAAAAUACGUUUUGCUAUUUUAAUAAGAAAUUUUGUAUAAAAAUGAACAAAUCUCGCUUAUUAAACGUAAGCAAGAAGUUUUUCGGUGUUUUGCGAAACAGUACGUUUGCCCAACACCAAGAGUCCUCCUUAAAAUCUAGGCAAAAAGAAUUAAUGGCUAGGGGCUUGCCUAAGAAAAAACCAAUUAACGGUGUUAAACAUAUUGUUUUAGUGUCUUCGGGCAAGGGAGGAGUAGGAAAAUCAACCACAGCAGUUAACCUUUCCAUUGGCCUGAAAUUAAUACAGCCAGAAAAAAAGAUAGGACUGUUAGAUGCAGAUAUCUUUGGCCCCACGGUACCAUUAAUGAUGAAUUUACAUGACACUCCUUUUUUGACUGAUAAGGAUCUAAUGGAACCAUUGGUCAACUAUGGCGUAAAAUGCAUGUCAUUUGGUUUCCUGAUUGAUGAAGAUGCCCCAGUAAUAUGGCGAGGCCUGAUGGUCAUGCAAGCUCUUGAAAAAUUAAUGAGGCAUGUUGAAUGGGGAGAUAUUGACUAUUUGAUAGUUGACACACCUCCUGGUACUGGAGACACUCAUUUAAGCUUAGUGCAAAACCUACCAAUUAGUGGCGUUGUACUAGUUACUAGUCCUCAGACUGCCGCCUUACAAGUAACAAAACGCGGAGCCGUGAUGUACAAUAGACUGAAAAUUCCGCUCAUAGGCUUAGUGGAGAAUAUGUGUUCCGUUGUGUGCCCCUCAUGUUCAAAUAAUAUAAGGGUUUUUGGAGAUGGCACCAGAAAGUUGGCAGAAGAUCUAAACAUUGACAUAUUGGAGAGUUUUCCAUUAAACUCUGAUAUUGCUGAUGGAGGAGACAAAGGGGUGCCGAUCGUUCUUGACGAGGGUAACAGACAAUCCGGAUUAUAUAGGAAUGUUGCCCAAAAGGUUGUGGAAUAUUUAAAAGAUAUUGAAACUGAGCAGGCUGUAAAGUAAAAAUUCAGAGAAGUUUUUUUCAAGAUCUGUUCUUUUAUUAUUUGUUUAUUAUUUAGGUCUUAUAUAUGUGUUGCUAUAUUUAGUUUUGUACUUAUUAUAUAAUUUACAUAUGAUCUUUAUAUGUUCCAUAGGUGUAUCCAGGGAGACAACCCAACGGAACAGGUUUUAAAGUCCAAAAAAAUAUUUUCAUUAGCUAUAAGAGAUAUAAAAUACAGUA